UUAGCUUAAAUAUCGCCCUUUUUACACUACAAGAUGCCUCCUCUCCAGGCACUAGUGAGAUACAGCAUUACUGCAUUGAUCCUGGGGCUCUGCCUACAACUAGUCACUGGGCAGAAUGAACAGAACCGGAAGCCACUUGUGGUGAAGAUGACUCCUCCCCCCAAAAAUGUUAAAUCAAUGGAAACAACUGAAAUCAAGUGUAAUGUUUCAACUGAACUGACAGAAUGCGUGCCAAUUGAAUUCAGUAUUUUAAGCAACAAACCCCUUAACUGUGAUCCUCCACCUUUUGUACAAGAAGCCUGUAUAUGCCCUGGGGUCCGUCCUCGGAACUUCUACUGGAAUGUGUGCAGCGAAGGAACUGUAAAAUUGUACUGUGUUGCUCAAGCUACUCCUAUUUCAGAAAUCUGUGAAGAUGAAGAAAUGGUGGUGGUUCCUCUGAAAGGCAACACAGCUUAUGAUUACAAGGAAUUUGUGGUACAAAACUGAAUUGAAUCCUGUUCUCUCUUUCUCUGGCUGGUCACCCUAUGGCAUAUUAUCUUCGGAUUGAGUGUCUGAGGCCAGUAUAGUCUCUGAGAUGAACAUCCCACAAAUUUCUCUGCCUGGCUGGGUUAUUCGAAUCAUGUUUUCUUUGUUUGCUUCCCCCCCACAAUACCUUCACUUACACACACCUUCAAUAAAGUUCAUUGCUCUCAAGAAUAUUUUCCUGUGUCACAAUA